AAGAGAUCGUACCCUCAUCUACUGAGCCUGAACGCUCGGAUGACAAAGCAGCAGCAGAAGUCACGCACAGAGCCGAACACAAAGCCGCGCAGGUUUAAAAAACGAGCUGCCAACUCUGGAGAGAGCGUAACUCCUGGUCGUCCACGAAGCAGUGACUCUGCAAGAGCGCAGCUGACAGCCUCUGGGCCUUCUCCUUCAUCUCCACGUGCUGCCUCCUCUUCUUCAACAAGACCAUGGAGGAGGUCUCUCCAGACUCAGAAACCCCAUUGGUCCCGCCACCCCUCCUGGAGCGGCGCGUUCGCCAGCGACAGCCGGCAGUCUCUGUUCUUAAGUCAAAGCUGAGAAAAGGUUUGACCUGCUCUGGACCAAAGGUCCGCUCCACUCUGACGGGGUUCUUCCCCGUGGUGCGCUGGCUGCCAAAAUACAAGCUUAAAGAGUACAUCUGGGGCGAUGUGAUGUCUGGGGUGAUUGUUGGUGUCAUUUUGGUACCGCAGGCCAUCGCGUACUGCCUGUUGGCAGGAGUGCCCCCCAUUUAUGGUCUGUACACCUCAUUUUACGCCAAUAUCAUCUACUUUCUCAUGGGGACAUCCAGACAUGUUUCAGUUGGGAUCUUCAGCCUCAUGAGCCUCAUGGUGGGACAGGUGGUGGUUAGGGAAGUUUUCGCUGCUGGUUUUGAUCUGAACGAGGACUCCACCCCAUCUCCUCAUGAAGUCUUAAACGACACCCUGGGUGCCAACCUCACUCUUACACCCGAGCACACCGUGGAGGUGAUGGGCAUGCAGUUAGGGAAGGACUCCUUUGCCAUCAGUGUCGCUGUUGCCGUUACAUUCCUGGCGGGUGUCUAUCAGAUUUUGAUGGCGGUGUUUCGUCUCGGUUUUGUCUCCGUCUACCUCUCAGCCCCCAUGCUAGAUGGGUUUGCCACAGGAGCUUCUUUCACCAUCCUGACUGUGCAGGCUAAAUACCUGUUGGGUCUAAAGAUUCCUCGUCAUCAGGGCUAUGGGACAGUAGUCAUUACCUGGAUUAACAUCUUCUCCAACAUUCACAAGACCAACCUGUGUGACCUCAUCACAAGUGCCAUAUGCAUCACAAUUUUAGUGGCUGGGAAAGAGAUCCAAGACCGCUACAAGGACCGCCUGAAGAUCCCCUUACCUACAGAGCUGGUAGUUGUAGCAGGAGCUACACUCGCCAGCCACUUUGGGGAGUUCAGUACCCGAUACCACUCCAGCGUUUCCGGUCACAUUCCCACAGGAUUUAUCCCACCUCAGAUCCCAGCGUUCAGUAUGAUGCCACGGGUGGCACUGGAUGCCAUUCCUUUAGCAGUCAUCAGUUUUGCCUUCACUGUGUCGCUGUCUGAGAUGUUCGCAAAGAAACACGGAUACACCGUUCGGCCCAAUCAGGAGAUGGUGGCCAUUGGACUCUGUAAUGUCGUUCCCUCCUUCUUUCACUGUUUCACCACAAGCGCUGCACUGGCAAAAACAAUGGUGAAGGAUUCAACCGGCUGCCAGACUCAGGUAUCGAGUCUAAUCAGUGCCCUCGUAGUCCUUCUUGUCCUACUCUUCUUCGCCCCGUACUUCCAAGCACUUCAGAAAUGUGUCCUUGCUUGCAUCAUCAUCGUAAGCCUUCGGGGAGCGCUGAGGAAGUUCAGGGAUGUACCGGCCAAGUGGCGAAGCAGCAGGAUGGACGCCGUAGUUUGGCUGGUUGCUAUGUCAGCCACAGCUCUGAUCAGCGUGGAGCUGGGCUUGCUUGUAGGCAUUGUCUUUUCAAUGAGUUGCGUCAUCUAUAAAACUCAGAACCCAAAGGUCUCUCUCCUUGGCCAGGUCAACGACACCGAUCUGUAUGAGGACAUAGAGGAGUACAAGAAUCUCACAGCGCCAAGUCGGGUUAAGAUCUUCCGUUUCCAGGCUCCUCUGUACUAUGCCAACAAGAACUCUUUCCUCAAAGCCCUCUAUAAAGCUGUUGGAGUCGAACCUUUCUUGGAGCUGACCAAGAGGAAAAAGGCAGAGAAGAAAGAGAAAGACAAGUCGAAAAAGCAAGCCAAGACAAAUGGGGAGAAAACCAACUUUGAUGUCUUUGUAGGGCUCGUCCAAAGAGAACUGGAGUUCCACACAAUCGUUUUAGACUGCUCGGCCAUCCCUUUCAUUGACUCAACAGGCAUGGCCACCUUUCAAGCGCUUGUUAAGGAAUAUAAAGAGAUCGGUGUAAGUGUGCUCCUUGCGUGCUGCAACACCCCAAUCAUUGAUGCUCUGAAGAAGGGAGAGUUCUUUGAGAAGAUUAACAAAGACAUAAGUGAUCUGUUGUUUUAUACAGUUCAUGCUGCUGUUCUUCAUGCAAACAGAGUGGCAGAGGAAAACAAGGCUGAGGACUCUGUGGUGUAGAUUGUCUGGAGGAAAUGUGUUUUUGUGCUUAAAAUUUAAUGUAGGCCAUAACAAGGGUGUAUUGCUCUGACAGUACGCCUAGGAAACUCAGCUACUCUUACUAUUGGUACCUCUUUGUUUUACAGAUAAAGUGAGAGUAUAUUUUUAAUGAGCAAUGAUCCACAAUGCUUUUUGGAGCAUUUUCAAGAUCCAAAGAGCUGGUUUGUUGUUAAUGCCAGGAAACAUAUACAACAAUGAACAAAUUGUUUUUUUUUUUUGUAAAUUCCUUCCAACGCUUAAUUCAUAUUCUUCUAUGUGCCAAAAAGUUGCAAGACAAGUGAUUAAAUCACUUCCCCGAUAGGGAUCAAACCUAUGUGUUUCUGUUCACCAGGUUUCAACAUUUGCUCUCCUUUCUAUUUUUGCGUCAUUACAGACUCUUAUCUUCUACCUAUACAAAUGGACUGGGCCAGUGGUGGUCUGCUAUGUAGCUUUGUCCCACCGUGUCUCUCCUCCCUUCCUUUUUGCACAAGGGAAAGGAAAAGAGCUGACGGCCAAACCAAACACACCCAUGGCAUUUCACCCCAAAGAGUGCCUGUGUAUUGUUUUUAGUUGCUAAGUGUAGAUGUGUACAACAUUUUUUAUGAAGUAUGACUAGAAGCGAUUAAGAAUAGCUUAAGGGAUCUUGUCAGAGCAUUAAACGAGAUACAGCACUCCGACACAACAGGUGUUGAAUUUCUAAAGGGCAGCUCGCUUAACCUGACUGCACAAUUCUUAGGAAUGUGUUUAAGCGGGCAUGACUAGCAUUCAUUAUUGAUUUAUGAGUUUUCCAUAAACACUUACGUAAUUAUAAAAGUGUGAAUAUACCAAGUCCAUAUGGACGUUACUCCACAUGUUCAGAGUCCAGACUUGUAGCUUUAGCCACCGUUUCCUGACAUGCCAACUGCCGCCUUGGGCUAUAAAUCAUUUGUAAAAGGGUAGUUAAACUCUUCCUGACUAACGGAAUCGGUCAGGAAGAGAAAUUUUACGUGACAAACGAGGACUUUGCUCGUUCCGAGAGAACCUUGCCUUAAGAAAACGGGUCAGUGGAGCUCACUUGUACUCUGGCUUGUUCUGAACAGUCAGCAGGAGCUAUAAAAUUAAAAAAGGGUUUGAGUAUUAGAUCUUAUGGUGCUUUUGAAAUGUUUUGUGUUUUCAUUGCUAAAUCCAGUGGCAACAGGUGAAGUCUCACAUGUAUUUAGUGAAAUAUUUUUUAACUUUUUUUUUUUUAAUCAAAAAAAUCUAGGGACUAGUGAAAUAAGCUCAAAUUGCUGUUCUUUUGUUAAACUACUGUUUUGCAUCGUCAUUAAUCCUGUUGAGACCAAGACUGAUAGCACAACUGACAGUACAAUGUGAAAAACGUUUAAUACGAUGUAAUGUAGACAUGAUUGUAAAUAUAGACUGCAUUACUAUUUAUAUAGAUGAACUAGUAAUUUAACUCUUCCAUGUAUUAAUUUAAUUUAAGUAACACUGAUUAUAGUUUUAGAAAUCUCAGUGGCUGUAUUUGUAACUUUUUUUUUAUAUUCAGCAUUCAGAAAGAUGUAAUAAUAUUUAGUACUUGGAUUAAAACAAGUCUUUGGUGAA